AUUUCAUACUCUGAGCAAAGCGUAAGGCAUCAGUUACUUGUGUCUUUUUUCUAAUAUCUGAGCAUCUUAUUAUGUCCUUUAACUUGAUGCCUAAACAGCUUCUUUCCAUUGCUCUUUGCAUGGUCUGUAUUUUAUUUUUGGUUGACUGGUUUAGGGUCCAAGUUUGACAGCCAUAGGUAAGGCAAGAUAAUAUAGUUGAGUUAAUUACUGUUUUCUUUAGGUGUAUCAGAAGUUGUCGUGAACUGCUUCAUGCGGUAUGCCUAUGGGGGGUGUAACUGCUUGUAGACUCAUCAUACACGGGCAGCUUGUAGCAGUUGAACUGCUUCAAGUGGCCCAUCUAUGGCGGGCUUGAAACUUAAGACUUACUGAGGGAAGGCAAAAAUUACAAUAUAAUACAAAACACUGUCAUAACUAACUCUGUCUUUAUAAUGUCGUAUAGACAGUGUUGACAAGUAGUUACAGCACCUGUAGUCAACUAUUAAUUAGCUUAGUGUUAGGCAACUGUUUUGAUUACACUAUUUACAAUAACUAAAUUAAUUAAUUUUAGUAGACAUGCUGGCAUCAAAGAAUCCUGCAAAGAUUCAAAGUGACCUACUAAUUAAAUUGGUUGACUGUACAAUUUCAGGUUAUUCGUACUAAUGCAAGUCCAUCCUAUAUGUUUACUUAAUAACCUUGUUUACUAGGGGAUGCAUUAUGUUGUGUUAAUUUAUUAUUUUUGCAUGUUGUGUGUAUUUUUUUAUUUGCAUGUACCUAAAGAUGACCUAGAGAAAGCAAAAAAAAAACUGAAACUGGUUGAAGAUACAUCAGACAUACAGACUGAAGCCGAAACAGAACCAAGUCUUAAACGUAAAAGGCAAAAAAGAUAUAUUUCUAGCAGCAGUGACGAAGAUAAACACAUAAGGCCACCACCGUUAAAAAAGAAAUUACAACCACUUCAAGCUGCUGACAAUGAAGGAGAUUAUGGAGAUAGUCGUCAAGCUCAGCCAAACAUUGCCCAAGAAACCGCUUCAAUAGCAGAAAGAACCCUCUCAUUACUGAAUGUAGCAGAUGAGCUUCCCAUCUUAAAAAACAGUGUAAUGCAAGAUUUGGCAGACGACGGCGACGGACGGUUAACUCCCUUUGCACGCCAAGUUAGUCCUCGGUGCCAAUAUGAACAACCGUCGAAUAUCGGCAGCGACGAGCCAGCAGCAACGCCAUCGAGAGUUCAGGGAUUAACAGGAUACCAAACAAAAGUGCUGUCAUUGUUGACAUGUAUCAAAACUCAAAAUGAUCAAAUAAUAAGUCUGUUAAAACAUACUGGCACAUCGAAAGGUAGCCUAAAACCGGAAUUCAAAUUCCCAAUUCAAAAUGCCGAUGAAUUAACUACAACUGAAUUAUUAAUAGAGAAAAAAGAAAAUUAUGACAAUUUGGUUUCAUACAUGAGAACUAUUGGAGGCAGGGAUAUUGCGAGCAAAGUGUCUCGACUAAUGAAAUUUUGUUUCACUGACCAGCUGGCUCAACAGUACAACUUUUAUGGAAAGAGAUCGAACAAAAAGCCUUUCUGCCAACUGCGCCUGCGAGAUUGUAUCGUGGAAGGAGUUGUCACCACUACAUCUGGGUCUACAGCUAAAGACGUAGAAGAUUCCAUUAAAAUUUGGUUAAAACAUGCCCCCGAAAGAUUGAAGAAGAUUAAACAACAAUAAACAUGGCAGAGAAAAUAAAAUAUUCGAG